CCGACGACCAUGCGCGCCGUGAACCGAAUCGCCGACGGACGCGCGAUCGUCGCGCGCGCGCGACGCGUCGAACGACGACGCGCGACGCGCUCGACGCGGGCGGAAAAAGAGGGCGAACAGAUGAAUCAAGAGAUGGCCGGCGGCGAGAUCGGGCUCGGCGGACUGGAGGACAUGAUGGACAAGGCGGACGGUGGGGCGACGCCGGAUUUCGUGAAAUCGCUCGGCGUGAAGGAGUUGGACGAUGUGUUCGCGAUCCUCGGGUCGCAGACGAAGGGCGCGGAGCUCGGGCAGUUGGUGCUGAGCGAAAAGUUUGGGGAGACGCUGUACCGCGAGAGCGGGUUCACGAGCUUGGCGGAGACGAUCAACGGUCGAUGCGCGAUGGUUGGUUUCGUUCUCGCCGUCAUGAACACCUUCAACGGUGACUUGCUCACGAUGAUGGCCAAGGUUCCCCUCGCCGUCGUCUUCGUCAUCGCCACCAUCAGCGCGGCGAGCGUCGUGCAAAAGGUGAACCCGACGGGCUACAUCCCGGACAACGUCAACGGUGCCGCCAUGAACGCGUACUCCGGCGCUAAGUUGGACGAAGUGUUCACUUACAAGGCGGAACUGGUGAACGGUCGCAUGGCUAUGCUCGCCAUGCUCUUCUUCGUCGCCACCGCGUCGAUCUUUUAAGCGCUCGAUCGACGUCGAUCGAAGCGGCGCGAUUCGUCGCGACGUCAUUUUUUGUUCAAUUCGCGCGAUCGCCGCGCGCUCGGUGUGAUGAAGGACGAGAGUUGAUUCAAUAUCACUUCCCGUCGUUACCGCACUCGCGCGUCGUCGCAUGUUCGUUGUAACAUCCGCUAAGCA